AUAUAAUAACCAUUGUUGCUUUAAGAAGUUAUGAAUUGUUGAAUUAACGUUUUUAUUUGAAUGAUUUUUUUAGAAAUUUAUCCUGUGUUAAUAUGUAGUGAGUUGUGAAUGGUUUAUCAACAGUGAAUAUAAAUGCAAAUAGGCAAUACAAUCUGGCAACCCUGCCAGUCUGCUUUUUUUGUGUACCGCCUCGGGAAUAUCCGCUGUUCUGUCGAUUUGUCCUGCCUUGUCAGACUUUCCUGCAGUAGCGCAAAAUUAUAGCUAAUAUUUAUCGAUCCAUCAUCCUACCACAUCGAAAACCUUCUGCGGGUUUUUGCUUCGCGUCUGUGACUACGUAAAAUAAUUCAGUGUAACUUUGCCGAAGAUUCUUACUUGGCAAUGGCAGGAAGAUUUUACAGUGCAAAAUACUCUAUCAGAUUGUCCUAACGGUAUAAAAUAAACAGGUAGGAUGAUUUUACAGUGCAAAAUACCUCAUCAGAUUCCAAGACCACACGCAAGUAGUAAAAAAUGAUGGGCGUGUUGUUCAGCGUGACAAAAAUGACGCAAUAUUGAUUUGCGCAUGCGCAGUAAGCACUGGUCGGACAAUCUGACGGCUAGGAUGAAAUGUCAGGACACCUGCAGAAAUGAAUGAGGAGCGAAUAUAUCUCACUGUAUUUCGACUUCACGCUGCCGGGAGGAUUAUCACACGGCGUCAUUGAUUAGGAUGGUAAACAAUAAAAAUGAUUGUAUGUUCUAGUUGAUUUGAAACCAUAUGAGAGAUUUCGAGUAGAUGGAUAUGACAGGGAUGCAGAGGACGUUUGGCCUGAACAUCGGUGUUCUCACAAAAUAUGCGAGCUAAAUCUUGGCUGAAACACACGUCGCUAAGGAUUUGAAAGGCGCACGAAAACUGGAGAAACUUGAAUUCCCAGCUGUGUUUUAAUAUCAUUUUAGGCUAGGUUUAGGGCUGUUUUAGGAUUGGCCCGUCAUUUUGAUGGUUUCUCUACGCUUGGUAUUCGUUGUUAAUCGCCCUUCUGUGUGAGCGCAUGCGCAAUGGCAGGCCGCGAGCAGCAUCAGCAUCAACAUCCGCAGGUGGAGAUGAAGGAAGAGCUGGAUGAUGCGGAGCUGGCACUGCAGGGCAUAAGUAUGCUCCUCAACAACGGGUUCAAGGAAAGUGAUGAGCUCUUCAGGAGAUACAGGACCCAAAGUCCAUUGAUGAGCUUCGGAGCCAGUUUUGUGUCUUUCCUGAAUGCCAUGAUGACGUUUGAGGAGGAGAAGAUGCAGAUGGCCUGUGAUGACUUGCGUACCACAGAGAAGCUGUGUGAAAGUGACAAUGCUGGUGUCAUCGAGACCAUCCGCAAUAAAAUCAAGAAGAGUGUAAGCAUGCAUAUGGACUCUCAGACGUCAGGAUUGGCAAUAGUAGAUCGGCUGCAAAGGCAGAUAAUAGUGGCUGACUGUCAGGUCUACCUCGCUGUGCUCUCGUUCAUCAAACAGGAACUGUCAGCAUACAUUAAAGGAGGCUGGAUCCUCCGCAAGGCUUGGAAGAUGUACAAUAAAUGCUACAGUGAUAUUAGCCAGCUUCAGGAGGCGUGUCGCAGGCGUUCCUCUGAUCAGGCAAAUCACAAUACGCCUGCUGCUGAGAGCAAUGGCGGGCUGACGGAGGAGGCACUGGGGCGUCUGAAGGGCUCAGUCAGUUUUGGCUAUGGCCUUUUCCAUCUCUGCAUCUCUAUGGUUCCUCCCCACCUACUGAAGAUUGUCAACCUGCUGGGAUUCCCAGGAGAUCGACACCAGGGCCUGGCAUCACUCAUCUACGCCAGUGAGAGCAGAGACAUGAAGGCACCACUGGCCACGCUAGCUCUCUUGUGGUACCACACAGUGGUGCAGCCCUUCUUUGCUCUGGAUGGCUCUGAUUCCCGGGCAGGGCUGCUUGAAGCCAAAACCAUUCUGCAAAAGAAAUCAGUAACUUACCCCAACUCCUCUCUCUUCAUUUUCUUCAGAGGACGAGUGCAGAGAUUAGAGUGCCAAAUAAACAGUGCACUGGCAUCUUUCCAUGAUGCCCUGGAGUUUGCUUCAGACCAAAGAGAGAUCCAACAUGUGUGUCUCUAUGAGAUCGGGUGGUGCAGUAUGAUUGAGAUGAACUUUGAAGAUGCUUAUAAGGCUUUUGAAAGACUGAAAAAUGAGUCCAGGUGGUCACAAUGCUACUACGCUUAUCUAACUGGAGUAUGCCAGGGUGCGUCGGGUGAUUUGGACGGUGCAAACACUGUUUUCCAAGACGUACCUAAGCUCUUCAAACGCAAGAACAAUCAGAUCGAGCAGUUUGCAUUCAGGAGGGCAGAGCGAUUGAGGAAGCUGGGGGCCACACAGGAGCUGUGCAUUCUGGGAGUUGUAGAAGUUCUCUACCUGUGGAAGGCUCUUGCAAAUUGCUCAUCCUCCAAACUGCAGCUCAUGAGCCAAGUGCUGCAGGGUCUGGACGACCCAUCUUGCCAGGGUUUAAAACACCUGCUUCUCGGUGCUAUACAGAAAUGUCUUGGAAACAUUAAAGAUGCUGUCCAGUCGUACCAGAUGGCAGUCAGGGAUGAGCUGGGUCGACUGAACAACUCUUACGUGCAGCCGUACGCCUACUACGAGCUAGGAUGUGUGUUAUUAGCUAAACCUGAGACUUUGAGUAAAGGAAGGUCAUUGUUGCUUCAGGCAAAGGAGAACUGUACAGGAUAUGACUUUGAGAACAGACUGCAUGUGCGAAUCCACACGGCCCUUGCGUCUGUGAAGGAAGUGGUCCCUCUGUGACCCCAACCGAUCCAGGAAGUGCAUUUUACAGGGACCAGUCCUGUUUGGCACCUUUUAAAAUGCGAGCCAUAAAAGAAAAUUCUCUUUCUUUUUUUGUGAAAACCAAAAUGAUGACAAAUUAUUUUCUAGUUGGAUAGGUUGAUCACAGUAAUGUUUCUUUCCUCAUUUCUUAUGUUCAAGGUGGAUUUCUUGUUUUUAAGUAGUAGAUUAUGCUUAAAGUUGAGUGUAUUGCCACAUUUUUGUUCAUUUAAAGGUAGCUGAUCCAUUAUACUAAUGAAUGUUUCUGUUUCUGAAUGUUUUGCUUUUCAAUAUGUAUUGAGUUUUAGACAGAACAUCUGGAAAGGGUCAGAAAAUGUUCUGAAUUUGGGUGGCUUUGUUUUUUUUUUUAUAAUUUAUGUUAAUUUAAGAAUGAGUGUCAUGAGAAUAAUACUAGAUUAACACUACCUACCUAACACUACCUAACACUAUUACUAGAUUUACACACACACGUUAAUGUCAGAGGAUGGUAUUAUUCCGACUAAGGUCUCUGUCACAUUUCAACGUUUUCUCUAAUAAGAAUAUUCCCACAUAUUCCCACUGAAAGAAAUAGAAUUUAACCCUAAUUUUUCAGUUUACAAAACAUAUGAACAUAUCUACAUGUGAUCUCUAGUAGCCCUGAAAAUAAUUGAAAUAAUCACUGUGGAAUAAUAAAUUGUUUAAUAUGUUUUAAUGCCCAGAUAACUACUAUAAUGGCUCAAGAGCAUCACUUAAUAUCUUGCUCAGUUACUGGGAUUUAAGAACAUAAGAUAAGAUAAGAUAAGAUAAUACUUUAUUAAUCCCCAGAUGGAGAAAUUAUAGUGUCACAGCAGCAGAGAUGGAGAUGAAGUGAGAUGAAGGUCUCCUUGUUCAUCUGCCAAACCAAAUAGCUCAGUAGUGAACAGGCUCACAUUUGUCAAGAGGGAUUUCAGUAUCUCAGAUAUCUCAGAUGUAUAUUAUGAACAAUUUUCAGCUGGUUAGCUGAGUAUGCAGGUUCUGCAGCUAAAGAAGGUCCUGUUUCCUUUGAAAAUCAGCAUGUCAGAUGUGACCGGUUUAAAGACAGCAACCCUUACACUCGCCACAUUAGUUUUACUAGUUUAGAAGUAGUUUUAAAUGGGAAUAUGUAGAUUUAGAACUGUGUUAACAAAUUUGAACCAAAGACCAAUCUAUAGUAUCACAAUAGACCAUACCAGUGGAGUUAACCAUUUAAAAUUACACUUUUGAAUUUAGGGAUAUUCAGGGGUAUUCAACUAAAAUUUGCGAAGGUUCAGCUACAAAGGUGCGGAUAAGUGACUAACAUGACUGAAUGACAACAGUUACCUUUUAAUGCUGAACCAUUAAUGAUUAGUUUGUGGAUAUAAAUAAUGCAAUUUCAAGUCGUUAUGUUUUGACAGUGGUGCUUCACAUUACAAUUUUAUCUAGUGCUACAAAAGGAUGAGAUGGAUGUUUUAAACAUAAAGUGAAGAAUAAACCCAUAUAUUUCUCUGUCCAGUCAUCUUUAAACAUUCUGUUUUCCUCAUCAAGUCAUGUAGUCAUGUCACUAAUCAGAGCAGAGUGGGUAGGCUAAAUGAAACUGGAGUCAUCAAACUAUGGCCAGUUUUUUUCUUUUUCGAUUCAGUCUGCUGAAAUACUAUGCUGGGACUAGCAUUUCGAUGAUUCCUGCUUUAGAGCAUUACUGAUUAGUUUGCAGACACACACACAUUAGACAUUGCUAUCUCGGCUACAGUUCACUAAUCAGUGUUUUUUUUCAGUGAUCAAAUGUGCUGAGUGAUAUUCACUGCAUGUGUUGUCUGCAUUGCAGUGACUUGUGUAUGCAGUUUAAUAGUCUAAAAUCUGUAAUCAUACUAACGUCCCAUCAUUAAGACAAGUUUGAGGUGUGCAAAAAUCAGAAUUUCUAUCCAGUCAAUAAAUCAGUUGUCUUCAUUAUCAUGCUGGAAAUAUGUUUGCCACUGCCAGUGUAGGAGAGAGAGAGAGAGACCAUGUUCCCAAAACUGUGAGAAAAAAGUGAUUAUUCAAGGAACUGAUUACACAUGGAUACUGUCUUGGGUUUGAUUAUGAGACAUACAGUAAGAUACAUAAUAAAAAUAUAACCAUCUUACCAGAAUAUUGACCAUAUUUAAAUAUUCCUUCUCUGCAGGAAAAACAAGAUCACUAAAUCAGAUUGCUACUGUAUCUAACCCUUUACAAUUGUCCUCAAUAUUAUGAUAAGUCCAGACUAUCAGAUAUGUUAUUCAGUUAUGAGCCCAAUUGACUGGUCUUUUUUUUUAACUAUACACUUAAAGUGCAUACAAACAAGUAUACAUAAUGUCCACUCAAAUCUAAAUAAUAUUUUAUAGCCUAAUAUUUCAGUAAUAGUAAUAGGAUUACAUCAAAAAAAAUACCUAAUUUCUGAUAUGAUUUUCUACACUGGAAAGACUCUCUGGCUGCAUAAGAUGUGAGGAGCCCUUCUCUAGAGAUCUGUACAGGUUUCUUUAACAUUUCUGAACCUCUCAAUCUAAUUUAAUAGCUGCUGUUACAUUAAGAUGAUUUAAUCAGGUUUGUUAGAUGACAUAUUCUUGAAGCAUUAAAUAAUCAGCCUGUUACCCCACAGUUGCAUGAGAUACUAAUAAUCGCUGCAUAUGCUGCCUAGACUGAAACACUACAAAUAUAUUCAUAUGGUUAAAUAUGUUCAGAUAGAUUUCCUCAUAGUGUUGUACCUUCCAGUGAAGUUUGUUUCAGUAAAACACAUCAUCCUCAACUUAUCCAAGUUUUCUGAAGACAUUUAUCAGCUAGAUAGGGUAUUAGAUCUAAACUUUACAUGAAGGAUGAUCUCUAAGCACUGAUUCUGACCACUGAUACAUUUACCAGCCCAAAGCUGGAACCCCAGUGGGUUCCUCGGUUGUCCAUCUGGGUGUUUUUAAAGGUUCUAUGUCAAAUACUACAACAGAGUGUUUCCCUAUCAGGCUUGAAAACUAGAACACUUUUAGAUAUAUGCCUCUUUGCUAUUACUCACUUCUUUUCUAUUUCAUCUAUCACAAAAAAUAUUCUUUUAAUUCACUUUCAAAUAAAAGGUGACUAUACAGGUUUAUUUAUGUUUCCCAAAGUAGAAAUACGUGCUCCCAAAGGUACAGCAGUGGUUUUUAAGGUCCAAUUAUGUACCUUAAUGAAAUUCUUUUAGAAUUAUGAUCUUGUAUGAUCAAAAGACAUACUUUGCCAGUGACGAGCAUUUGUAUCAAAAAAAAAAUUUUAAAAAUGAGAUUGCUUACUUUAAGGCUGUACUCUGAUCUUUCCAUGCUAAUGACUUGCCUUUCUUUGAGCAAGGUUUUCUUUCAUUCACCAUCAUUUCAAUUUAAAAUAUGGAGGAUGAAGUGUGAUUUGUUCUUUCUUCUUUGGCAAUGCUUACAUUCAAAUAUGGCAAAUAUGUACAGUAUUUUGAUUGUGUGCAAAAUAAGUCAAAGUCUCACAUCUGUACUGAUCAUUUGUGUGCUUUACUGUUAAGUGCCCAGGUAUUGUGUUACUAUGUUAACCCUAUAUGCAUAACCAUAACUAACAUUCUGUAAAGUAAUGUCACUGAGUGUGUAUGAGUGGCAAUUCUGCCAGCUGUCCCUGAAUUAAAAUGUGUUGUUAAUACCUUUUCACAUCAUGGUCAUGAAAUCUGUAACUUUGAUUUCUCUCAGAAUCUGUGAACGUACUAGCUACUGCAUGUAGGGUUCAGAACCAAACCAGCUUUUGUGCCACAGGCUCAAAUUUCACACAAAAAGGGGAUUAAGCAGGUGCUUGCUAUAACUAUACAGCAAAAAAGUUUGAAAUGUCACUGCUAUUAUUAAACAAUCAAAUUCAGCAUUAAAGCCUUUUAUGUCUUUUACAUUCCACACACAACUCCACAAUAUUCCCAGAGUUUUCUAUAUAUUUACAACAUAUUUCUGAAAGUUCUUGUAAAUGUCUAUUUUGGGACUAUGUCAGAGAUAGUCCAGCAUUAGAAAUUCUGGACCAUAGAUGCAGUAGAAUCAGAUUUUGAGGCUUUGUCCAUCAAGUCCUCAGAGUCUCAGGGGCUAAUGAUUCACAUCAGAAAAAUUCAGCAUUGUUACAGGAAUUGUAUGUCUUGUUUGUGUUUUCUUCAUUAAACUGGACAAAAUGUAAAAAUACAACAAAUAAAUUAAUAAGAACAAA